CAUUCUCUUAGCCGUGAGUGUUCGAAUCAAGAUGGCGGACGAGAAGGAGAUUGUCCACAUGAUCCCUGUAUCCACAAAGAAAUCCUAGAAUGCAAGCUUUAUUCAUAGGACAUGGAUUGUCCUGGAUAUAGAAUUUUAUUUGAUGUCCUUUUAUGGAUGGUUUUCUUGGCGUUCUUACCAAAAAACUACCAGAUCAAAGGCACUGGCUUUGGUGUUUUCAACCAGACGCCGUCUAAAGAAAUUUAUCUCCCAAACUAUGACUUUUAUCAUAAUUUAUCUCAGCUCAAUCAGUGCAUUUACGAACUAGUCUCUCAAUUUCCCAACAUUCUGGACGCAGAGAUGCGAUUCCGUUCGCGAUGGGGGCUUUCUCAGUACGUCCUCCAUUUUGGGAAUUUAUCCGAAUCAAAGACUUCUACGAGAAAAGUUCGAAUUUUAUUGUCUUUUGGCGAACAUUCUUCUGAAUAUUUACCUGUAGAGAGCAUGCUAUAUUUACUAAAAAACUUAACCUCGGGAAUACAAGAACCAUUUGGAUCACCAGGUUUUAAUUUUACGCGUUUUGUCAUGGAAAAUAUAGAUUUAUAUUUAAUUGGUAUAUUUAACCCUGAUGGACGGUCAGUCAUAGAAAAGACUAAAAAUUAUUGUUGGAUAAAAACUGGAAGUGGCGCUGAUCUUAACUUGCAUCAAUAUGGCUCCACGUCGUCUGUUACACGCCAGAUGUUAGUAGAGCCUGAAUGCCGAGUAUUAACAGAACUUACAAGCUUGCUCGAUUUUGAUGUCUUUAUUUCAUUUCAUYCUGGUGAAGAGAACAUAUUAGUCCCUUUCAGAGAUUUUGAUAGUGUCCCAAGGAAUUCAUUGUAUCCAGAUAACAUGGAGAUCCUGUCCUUAGCUCAUCAACUUUCUAGUUCAACCUCUAAUGGCCUUAAACACAUUCAGAUGAACCAGUCACUGAACCAUUAUGGAGAGAGCAUAUUUUCAUAUACAUCCACAACAAGGGAGAUACCAUAUGUAUAUGUGAUAUCCUUGUGGAAAAAUACUAAGGAUGUACAAAAGGACCAAAGCAACUGCUUUGCCAGGUCUAAUCCUCAAAGCAGUAAACUCCAGGAGGUAUUGAAGUCUUUUCACCCAGUAUACAAUAGUCUUUUUAAAUAUAUGGUCAAAUGGAAGAAAACUAAACUGAAGAGUAUUGCUGAGAAGAAGAAAAUAAAAACAAUACACCCCUUGUCAAACUCCUAUGGAAUCUCAUUUAUUAUUGUAAUAAUCAUUGUAUUACUCUUAAUGACUAGAAUUAAUCUACCAUUGGGAUGGAGAUUAUUUUACAGAAGGCAGAGGCGUAUUGUUAGCCUAAGAUCAUUAUCCUCUGUCUUCUCUUUUUUCAUUUUUUAGAGCAAUUUUUACUCUAGUCUUGUUCUUAGCACCAUAUGGAGAAUCAAUGAGACAACUUCUUGCAGCAAAAUAGUUUUUGGUGGACUAAUCAAGGCGUUUCCCCAAACAGGUGACCUUGAAAAAAAAWUUUUCAAACCCCUAUGUCAUCAUGAAAAUUGAUUGCCAUCCAUCAAAAUCUACUUUAUUGCAGCAAAAAUCCCACGUAGGUUAUGACAAGUUUAAUAACAAGCUCUAGAAUAACUUUUAAUAUUAUGGGUCUGGGUCUUGGAAAACAGAAACGCAAUUUUAUUAUAGGAAUACAGGAUUUAAAAAAUAUUCCAACAAUCUAAACAAAACAAAAACAACAAAAAGUAAGAUAUUUCGACUGUAACACUUUUAUAGGUUAUUAUAGAAUUUAAUCCACUAGGUACAUAUUUGAAAAUAUUAGAGGAACAAAGAAAAAAUGAUUUAUGUAAAAGUAAGAAAUAGGAUGUAGAAAAUACAAUGUAUGUAGACACAGGUAUUAUAAAAGACUAGUAUUAAUCCUA